GAUGUUAUGUCUAUAUUAUAUAAUACAUAUUAAAAACAAGGAAUCAAUUGAUUUGGUCAUCAGUUUGUCUGCUAUUAUCUGCUAUUUGUGUGUGUUUUUAUUUGAUGGUCAUCGACGGUGAAGUCAUCACUUGAUAUUAAAAGAUAGAGAAAGCUGUUGGUUGACAGUGAAAGACAGAGACACACACAAAGAGAUUGGACACAACUUUCAUAUAUAUGUGAUAUAUGGAUGUAAUAACCAAUGACCGCAACAAUGAUCAUCAAGUCUUCAUCAGACGUAAUGCCAAAUAUUUGAGACGAUGUCUUCAAGUGUUGCCUUCAUCUCACUCUUCAUUAGACAUUAGCCGUCUGACGAUAGCCUUCUUUGCCAUUUCUGGUCUCGAUUUGCUCAACAGUCUGGAUGUUAUUGAAGACGAUCGGCAAUCCAUUAUUGAUUGGAUCUAUUCGUUGCAGAUAUUGACCACAAAUUCUAAACACAUCGGCACCGGUCGCCACGGGUUUCGCGGUUCACCGACUAAUGGCAGGGAUCAUCCGUACGAUUGCGGCAAUGUGGCCAUGACCUAUUGUGCCCUAUCGUCGCUGGUCAUACUAGGCGACGAUCUUAAACGUGUGGACAAGGAAGCCAUCAUUAACGGACUCAAAGAUCACCGAUUAAGUGACGGCAGUUUUGUUCCGGUAGUCUUCGAGAAGGAGAACGACAUGCGAUUUGUCUAUUGUUGUGCAACCAUAUCAUACAUACUGAACGAUUGGUCAGCCAUUGACCGACAAAAGACGGUUUCAUUUAUAAUGAAUAGUUUUACCUACGACUGCGGCUUCGGUCAGUGUCCUGGUCUGGAAAGUCACGGCGGUUCCACGUACUGUGCGUUAGCUUCGCUGUCAUUGAUGGACGAAUUAAGCCAAUUAAGUGCCAAACAGUUAUCAUCGUUGACGAGAUGGUGUCUCUUCCGACAGGCCAACGGCUUUCAGGGCCGGCCUAACAAAGAUCCCGAUACCUGCUAUUCAUUUUGGGUCGGAGCCGCUCUCAAGCUUAUUGAUGCCUAUCAUUUGAUUAAUAUUAAACAAAAUGAAAAUUUUAUAUUAGAUACACAGGAUUUAGUUACUGGAGGUCUCGCCAAAUAUCCAGAUAACACUCCAGAUCCUAUGCAUACAUACCUCGGCUUAAGCGGUAUGGCUUUAAAUCCAACCAACAAUUACCUGUUAUCGGUUUAUGCGGCGCUCAAUAUAAGCGAUAGGGCUGUCCAACACUUAAAUAAAUUGCAUUCCGAUUGGAAAAACUCGUAAUAUUUA